GGAGGAUACGCACUGCCGUCAGUGAAAAGUGAAAAUGGUCAAACUUGUGGUUUUGUUGUACAUAGCCGGGUGCGCUAGCGCGUACACGGCUUCAAACCUCGCGAGGAACAUCUACAGCGAAUGCCUCAGCCAAUAUUCCAUCGAGUGCGUCAAGCCGAGAACACUGGAAUGGAUUAGCAGGGUCUCCAACGAUGAUGAAAUCAAAAUCACGGAUAACCUCUCCAUAGUCAAGACAGCUGUGCUCGAAGAGGACAAUGAUGUGGACCCCAGAAUGGCGAAGGACGCCACUUACGCGAUUUUCGACAAAGUUGACAGAUUCCUCCAAACUCAUUCGGUGAAAGUGAAGGUUCCUGCAGAAAUCGUCAGCAGUGCGGCUUCGGAAUACGUGCCGAGGUCUCUUCUCACCGACUUGCCUUCCGAACUAGAUAUGCCUUUGGAUGGUGAAGAGGAGGUCGAGACCUUUGAGGGCAGGAAGAAGAAGAUCAAGCUCCCCAAACCCUUGAGGAUCAAGAGCAAAAAAGGUUUUAUCAAGAAGGUGCUCCUGCCUUUCCUCCUGGGUCUUAAGUUCAAGGCUUCCGUGCUGGUACCUCUGGCGCUCUCUCUCAUCGCUCUGAAGACGUGGAAGGCUCUGACCUUGGGUCUUAUCUCCUUGGUCCUCUCUGGGGCCAUGGUCAUCUUCAAGUUCACCAAGCCAAAGGUGGUCAACUACGAAGUGAUCCACUACCCACAGCAUCACGUGGAGCAUCAUGUAGAUCAUCACGCACCAGCGUGGGACGCCCACGGACCUUACCAGGCCAGGUCCUACGAGGACGCCCACGAUAUCGCCUACGCUGGCCAAAUCUAGACCACGGACCGACUAAUUUAUUUAUUUAUUUAUUCUCGCUUCUGUAAAUAAA